UUGUAUUGACUGCAGUAGGUCUCAAUUAUGGUAAAAUGGGGAAAGAACUUUACAAUUACUAUCCUACUGUUGGCUCUUGGAUUCCCAGUGGAGUGUAGAAAACAGGAAUCAGUUACAAAAAGAUUUACUCGAACAAAAGAUGGGAAAAGUAUUCAAUUAUCCAUCGAUAAUGUUCUGCUUGCAUUGGAAAAAUCUGAUUCAUUUUUCGCAAGGAAUAAGGAGUCCGCUACAGUGGAUCUUGCUUUUGGAAUGCAGAUGAUGAAUGGAGAACUGUUGAGACUUCUGCAACUAAUUAACAAUGGUUUGAAUUAUGAGUUUGGUAAAAACAAAACGCUUCUCACGCGAAUAAAAAACCUACAGCAUUCAGUCAACACCCAUGUCCAAGAAUCACUUAAACACAUUAAAGUAAUGAAUAAAGAGUAUUAUAAAAUGUUUGAACCUGUUGAUUCUUGAACCAUGGAUGCCAUACCAGUUUUCACCGCAAUUUACAUUUGUUGAUGAAGUCAAUGUUGAUCACUGAUAUGAAACCAGCAACAGAUUUUAAUGAAGAAAGCAGUGACUACUGCAUGUCCACCCUGUUUGGCUUGGAAAAACACAAGAAAUGUUCAGUUGAAUUAUGCUGGAAAAAUAUGACUGUGCUUGGUCAAGACCAAUAUUAUUCAACUCAUGAAAUCAUAUGGCUUAACCUUGGCCAAAAAGUUGGGUGUUUAGAUAAAAUGAAUAUUCUGGCAAGAAGAGAUGGUUAUCGUGAUGUUCAUGACAUCGUCAAAAGACUCUGUGCUGGCGUGGUAAUUGAAAUGAAUGCAGAAUACCAAAGUGGGAUAGUUUGUCCUGGAGCUAAAGACAUAUUUGUUGAACAAGGUGCGCUUUGUGGUGGUAUUGGUUUUGUUGAUGCCCUUCAUCCAAAGCACCUUCUGUCUGUACUUGAUUGGCAAGACCCCGUAAGUGGUUGUUUUAAAGACGAAGAAGAUUGUGAAAGCGAUUUUGACUUAAAAUUAUAUCGGAUUAUGGAAAAUCAAAAGCAUAUUUGGAAAUCAAGAAAACUUUUAGUUGAUUCUUCGGUGGAAAAUAUGUGCAGUACACACUUAACUGGAGUUGCAACCGGGUAUCUUGCUGCUAGUCUGCGGUUAUUUUAUGAUCCCUAUUAUAUUAAUAAUAGAUUAGCACUGCACAGUAUCCCACAAAUAUUAGAACAAAUUCCACCAAAAUCAAUACCAGUUGAUACACAACUGACCAUGAACAUAACAUUGUGCUAUGGUCUGCUCUUUGCUUUUGUAAUUUUAAGUUUAUUGGUUAUUAUAAAAAAGAGGAAAGCAAUUUUCAGGGGAAAAAGUAUUAUUAUUUAAAACAGAUGAUGUAUUUUAAUAAGCAAAUGUUAGUUCUAUAGAAUAUUUUAUUGUAAGAUAGUUAGGAUCAAUGCUUUGGGACUUCAAAUAUGUGCAUUACAUUUUAACGAGUUUUAUCACCAGCUAUUAAUUUUGUGUAAGUUAUAUCAUCUUGUACCUGCCAUACUGAGAUUACUUUUUACUUUGCAAUAAACAUGACUUGCAAUAA